AUGAGCCUUGCUGUUCCCGCUGCCGCUUCUGCUCUCGCCUAUCUCAACGCCAGAUGGUCGCUUUCUUAUGAUAUAGGAUUGGUCGGAUCGCUCCUCAAGGGAAUCGCAAAGUCAAGAUAUGCUGCCUGGAACGGUCAACUGAAUUUGUUCUAUACAUUGGAGCACCAUGCGCUCGCUUCCGGCACCAAGAACGACCAGUUCCUCGUCUACAACGGACGCACAUGGACCUUCCAUGAGACAUACCAAAUGGUGCUGCGCUACGGAACUUGGCUUAGGACUGUGCAUGGCGUAAAGCCAAAAGAUAUUGUCGCCAUCGAUUUCAUGAAUUCGUCGAACUUCAUCUUCUUCGUUCUCGCGCUUUGGGGCAUCGGCGCCGUCCCUGCGUUUAUCAACUACAACCUGACUGGAAAGCCAUUGACACACUCGGUUCGCGUGUCAACGACGAAGUUGUUGAUUGUCGAUGAAGAAGUACGGAAGAACUUCCCGCCAGAACAAAUGGAGAUCUUUGCAUCCCCCGAUUUCCGCGAAGAAAAAGGAUCAGUGGAGGUGGUCUUCUUCACUCCGGAUGUAGAGGAACAAAUCAACCAAACAGAGGCUAUCCGUGAGGAUGAUAAAGUGCGCGAGGAUCAGACACUCCGGGAUAUGGCCGCGUUGAUUUAUACCAGUGGCACUACCGGUCUUCCCAAGCCUGCUAUUGUCAGCUGGAAGAAGUGCUGGCUUGGCAGUAUGUUUUCUAACAACUGGUUAAGCAUUGGCCGGAAGGAUCGAUUCUUUACUUGCAUGCCUCUGUAUCAUUCCUCUGCUUCGAUUCUGGGUUUCAUGACCUGCUUGCAGGGAGGAUGCACACUCAUCAUCGGCCGCAAAUUUUCUGCGCGGAACUUCUGGAAAGAUGCACGUGAGAAUGGUGCAACAGUCGUUCAGUACGUUGGUGAAACGUUACGGUACAUUUUGGCUACACCUCCCGAUAUCGAUCCUAUCACGGGAGAAGAUCUUGACAAGAAGCACAACAUCCGGGUAGUAUUCGGUAACGGUCUUCGUCCCGACAUCUGGAACAAGUUUAAGGAACGUUACAAUGUUCCCACUGUCGCAGAAUUCUAUGCGGCCACAGAAGGCACUUCGGGGUCGUGGAACCUGUCAUCUAACGACUUUGCUGCGGGUGCGAUUGGCCGGAAUGGUGCUAUUAGCGAAAUGAUUAUGGGCGGUGGCCUGGCUGUCGUCGAGGUGGACCAGGAGUCGCAGCAACCAUGGCGUGACCCUGAAACAGGACUUGGCAAGGCAGUGGUUCGUGGCGACCCGGGUGAGCUGCUGUACGCCAUUGACGCGUCCGAUCCCAAAGAGAAGUUCCAGGGUUACUUCAACAAUACCCAGGCCACGGAGAGCAAGAUCAUUCGCGAUGUCAUCCGGAAGGGCGACGCCUACUUCCGCACCGGCGACAUGGUCAGAUGGGACAGAAAUGGCCGCUGGUACUUCUCUGACCGAUUGGGAGAUACUUUUCGUUGGAAAAGUGAGAACGUGUCAACGAGCGAGGUGGGCGAAGUGCUGGGCUCGCACCCCGAGAUCCACGAGGCCAACGUAUACGGCGUGGCGCUGCCUCACCAUGACGGACGGGCCGGAUGUGCAGCAGUUGUCUUCAAGCGCCAGGUCGACUCUGGCAACACAUCGACGUUGAUCGAGCCCUCGUCAGAGGUCCUUGAGAGUCUUGCUCAACAUGCCUUGAAGGGCCUUCCUCGCUUUGCCGCGCCUCUGUUCCUACGCGCGACGCCAGAGAUGCCGGGUACGGGUAACAACAAACAGCAGAAACAUGUGCUCCGCACUGAGGGAGUCGACCCGUCCAAGGUCAGCACCCAAGACAAGGUUUAUUGGCUUCAGGGUGACAAGUACGUCCUCUUUGAAACGAAGGAUUGGGACCGCUUGCAGGGAGGACAGGUGAAGCUGUGA